AUGUCUCUAACAAACUGUCGGUUCUAUGAGGAGAAGUACCCGGAGGUGGACAGCUUCGUCAUGGUCAAUGUCAAGCAGAUCGCCGAAAUGGGCGCAUACGUGAAGCUGCUCGAGUACGACAACAUUGACGGCAUGAUUCUCCUCUCAGAACUUUCUCGCAGACGUAUUCGCAGUAUCCAAAAGCUCAUCCGUAUUGGACGCAAUGAAGUCGUUAUCGUGCUCCGUGUCGACAAAGAGAAGGGUUAUAUCGAUCUUUCCAAGCGUCGUGUCUCCCCCGAGGAUGUCAUCAAGUGCGAGGAGCGUUACAACAAGAGCAAGGCUGUGCACUCUAUCAUGCGCCAUGUCGCAGAGGCCACUCAAACCCCCCUCGAGACCCUCUACGAGACCAUCGGAUGGCCUUUGAACCAAAAAUACGGCCACGCGCACGAUGCCUUCAAGAUCUCCAUCACUAACCCCUCCGUUUGGGACGAGAUCACAUUCACCAGCGACGCCGUCAAGAGCGAGAUUCAGCAGUACAUCGGCAGCAAGCUCACUCCCCACCCCACCAAGGUCCGUGCCGAUAUCGAGGUUACCUGCUUCGGUUACGAUGGAAUCGACGCCGUCAAGGACGCUCUCCGCACCGCUGAGGAACAGAACACCGCCGACAACCAGAUCAAGGUCAAGCUCGUUGCUCCCCCUCUCUACGUUCUUGCCAGCCAAUGUCUGGACAAGACUGCCGGUGUCAAGGGACUCGAGGAGGCCAUUGAGAGAAUCACAGAGCGCAUCCAGAAGAACGGCGGUAACUGCACCGUGAAGAUGGCACCCAAGGCUGUCACCGAGCAAGAUGACGCAAUUCUGCAGGAGCUUAUGGAGAAGCGUGAGCGCGAGAACCAGCAGGUCAGCGGAGAUGAGGACUCCGAGAGCGAUGACGAAUAA